GCCUUGAGCCGAAAGAAUUCAUCUGGGGCAUUAUUGACUAGCUUGAGGGCAUUGAGAGCCCAAUUGGAGGUAUCUAGCGAUGGUGCCUUAUUAGCUAGAUUCGAGGUUAGACCUACAUUACUUGAUGAAAUCAAGAAGGGUCAAGAAACCGACGAAGAACUUAUGAAGAUCCGUGAACGCAUGCUAGCGGGACCGGUUGAGGAUUUCAGGGAGAGAGACGAUGGUCUCUUAUUAUUUCGUGACCGAGUGUGUGUACCGUUGGAUGAUGAGCUCCGAAAGUCCAUCUUAGAGGAGGCCCAUUCAUCGGCGUAUGCCAUGCACCCGGGAGGCACGAAGAUGUACCGUGAUUUGAAGGAGAGUUACUGGUGGUCGGGUAUGAAGAGGGAAAUAGCCGAGUACAUCAGUAGGUGUCUUACUUGUCAGCAAGUUAAGGCAGAACAUCAGCAUCCGGCUGGGUUACUACAGCCACUUUCCAUUCCUGAAUGGAAGUGGGAGCACGUGACUAUGGAUUUCGUGGUGGGGCUGCCACGGACGAUUAAGAACUAUGAUGCCGUAUGGGUUGUGGUCGAUAGGCUCACAAAGAGUGCACACUUUCUACCUAUCAACACCACCUAUGCACUGGAAAGGUUAGCCAAGUUGUAUGUGGAUGAGAUCGUGAGGCUGCAUGGGGUUCCUAUAACCAUUGUAUCCGAUAGAGAUCCGCGAUUCACAUCACGAUUUUGGCCGAAGUUCCAAGAAUCUAUGGGGACAAAACUGAAAUUCAGUACAGCUUUCCAUCCGCAAACGGAUGGACAAUCCGAGCGGGUUAUACAGAUAUUAGAGGAUAUGCUGAGAGCUUGUGCAUUGGAGUUCCAAGGGAGUUGGGACAACCAUUUGGCACUUGUGGAGUUUGCCUAUAACAACAGUUAUCAGGCGAGUAUAGGCAUGCCUCCAUACGAGGCAUUGUAUGGGAGGAGAUGUCGUACACCUUUGUGUUGGGAUGAGGUUGGCAUGGCCAAACUCGAGAGCACGGAACUGGUGGAAAUCACCAAGUCGAAGGUAAAGACGAUUCGUGACAGACUUAAGGCGGCACAGGAUAGACAGAAGAGCUAUGCCGAUAAGCGCCGAAGAGCCUUAGAGUUUAAGGUUGGGGAUGAGGUAUUUUUGAAAGUUUCACCUUGGAAAGGAAUCAUCCGAUUUCAGAGCCGAGGGAAACUCAACCCACGUUACAUAGGGCCAUUUGUAAUUCUUGAGAGAAUUGGGGCCGUAGCAUACCGAUUACAGUUGACUCCGGAAUUGGAAAAAAUACAUAAUGUAUUCCAUGUGUCUAUGCUUAAGAAGUAUAUUCCGGAUCCAUCUUAUGUACUAGAGAAACCACCCGUGGAAAUACGGGAAGACCUGAACUACGCCGUGCAACCGGUAAAGAUACUUGAUAGACAAGUAAAGAAGCUAAGAAGCAAGAAAGUUCCAAUGGUUAAAAUCCUUUGGAAAAGUGACCGAGUUGAAGAAGAAACUUGGGAGACUGAAGCAUCGAUGAAGGAGCAGUAUGCAUUUCUGUUUGAAUAAUCGAUUGUGAAUUUCGGGGACGAAAUUCCCGUUAAGGGAGGGUGAACUUGUAACACCGACCCCGAGCAUAUUUACUUUUAGUAAAUUAUGUAAUAAGCCUUGAAUGAUGAUUUAUGAAUUUGCGUAAUUGUAAAUUUUUAUUAUUUCUUUUACGUGAAUAGUAAAUUGCACGUGGGGCCCACAGCGGGAACGGGGACCGCCCGAUAAUUCCCGAACCACAUGUUAUAUUCAUCUUGGUCUAGAUGACACCUAUAUGGUGGUGGAUACUUUAUUUGGGCCAUAAGAAAGGCAUAGAGUUGACCGGUUGGUCAAACGGGGCCCAAUUACCGGUAUUGGUAAAUUAGCGGGUAACAGCCGGAAAUGAGUUUCGGAGACUCCUAAAUUAAUGUUGGGGAUAGUACAUCCAUUCUAAAGGCCCAAAAUUGUUGGGAACGCGUGAUAUAUUUUAUCCGGCCCGAUAAAAUAAAAAAUGACUAAAGCAGUCCGAGAAAUACAACUUUCGGGGCCGAUUAUACACACCGGGACGUAAUGGGAUGACCUCCCACAUGAGUGGGGGCCACCCCACGAUUUUGUGUGAUCUAAUUGACACAUUGGGAGCUGAGUGAGUCAAAUAAACAUGGGCUGUGCAUGAAGGGAUGGCUGGAGACAACCAACCACUCCCUUGGCCAUACCUCUUCAUUGUUUUUGGCUUGGGUGAGGAUAGAUACCUCCCCCCUUCCAUUUGACACCAUUCACUCGACCAAAGCAGAGAGAGAAGCUCCAGGGAAGUCUCCUCUCCUAGUGCAAGCAGCAAGGAAGAGAAUCCAAAGAGAAGAGGGUUGUUCUUGAGGAGUCGAAAUCGCCGGAAACCGCCACAUAUAGGGAGCUGUUCGUAGUUGCAGACUACGAAAGCCGCCCGGCUUUCGUGAAAGCCGCCCGGCUUUGGCCCAGAAAUCCAGCUUUUCACUUUCAAUCGGCCUAGAACGGGGAUUGAUCGAGGGGCUUAACAAAGGCAACUGUUGUAGCACAUCACGAGUUUCAGGUAGAACUUGAAGGUCGUUGCCAUUGCCCGUUGCUUCGGGGGGAAUCAAGGGAAGAAGACGUGGUUCGUGCUUCUCCCAUUCUGUUUUAAAAACAAUUACAUUAAUGCUCAUGGAUAAUAUUUUCUGAAUAAUUACUUUGGGGGCUUGCAUGCCUAGUUAUGCCAAGUGUGGCUUGAACAAUUGUAUUAAUGCUUCCGCUAUUUUAAAUGCAUGUUUUACAUUAUGUUUGUU